CUUCUGCAGGUUAUAAUGUCAAUCUUUGAUAACUCCACUUUCCCAACCUUCUUCUUGACUGGAGUCCCUGGACUUGAAUGGGCCCAUGCCUGGCUCUCCAUCCCCUUCUGCUGUCUCUACAUCACUGCCCUUUCUGGGAAUACCUUGAUCCUGUUUGUAGUCCUCACCGAAUCCAGCCUCCAUGAGCCCAUGUACUAUUUCCUCUCCAUGCUGUCGACCACUGACAUUGGCUUAUGCGUCUCUACUCUGGCCACAGUACUGGGGAUCUUCUGGUUUAAUGCCAGAGAGAUCAGCUUCAAUGCUUGUUUAACACAGAUGUUUUUCAUCCACCUCUUCACUGUCAUGGAAUCUUCAGUGCUCUUGGCUAUGGCCUUUGAUCGUUUUGUGGCCAUUUCUAAUCCCCUAAGAUAUGCUUUCAUUCUCACUCAUACAAGAAUUGCACAGAUUGGUUUGGCUAUUGUUACCAGGGCAUCUAUGAUUCUGAUACCACUGGUCCUGCUUCUUAAGCGUCUGUCCUUCUGCCACAGCCAUGUGCUCCGUCACUCCUACUGCUUCCACCCUGAUGUCAUGAAGCUUUCUUGCACAGACACAAAGAUCAACAGUGCAUUUGGCCUGACUGCCAUUAUCUCUACUGCUGGGGUGGACUCCAUCUUUAUUCUGCUGUCCUACGUCAUGAUCAUUCGCUCAGUCCUCAACAUUGCGUCCACAGCCGAGAGAAAAAAGGCCUUCGGCACCUGUAUUUCUCACAUCACUGCUGUAGCCAUAUUCUACAUCCCUUUGAUCAGCCUGUCUUUUGUUCACAGGUUUGGAAAACGAGCUCCAUCCUAUGUGCCCACACUGAUUGCUAAUGUGUAUCUGCUCAUUCCCCCUGUCAUGAAUCCCAUUAUCUAUAGUGUAAAAACAAAGCAAAUUCAAAAAGCAAUCCUCAAACGUGUACGGUCUAAAAGAAUUCAUAUUUAA